AUUUGUUGCGCGAGUUUCCGCCCUGGGUCAAUUUCCGAUAAUUGGUGUCGAAUUUAUAGAUUUUUUGUUGUUGUUUUAUUGCAAGCUCAAGCAGCAACAAUUUUUAAGAACUGGAAAUUCAAGGAAACUUUUUGUAUGCUGGAAAGUUAACAAAGGAAGCCGUGAGCGGCCGAUGGCGGAGCAGAAUGGUGCUGCCGAGGUUCCGGCGGCCGGAGGAGCCAUCGGCGACUCCGCCGCUCCGCGAGACAGUCGCGGCAACCUCAGCAAGGCGCCGCCCGCGCUCGAUAUCACAGCGGCCCAGCUGGCCGGCCAGACAGCCAUGGCUGUGGCGCUGUCGGCCGCCUCGGCACCGGAGGGCGAUGGUCCGCCCAGUCCCGGCUCGCCCUCCGACGCCAGACGCCAGUCCACACGGAAUAAGGCCGACAAACAGAAGCUGGGCCACCGACGCGUGCGAGAGGGAGAGGUCACGUAUAAAAAGAUUCAAACCACCACCAUCAUGGGAGCGAUCCAGCUGGGCAUCUCGUACGCGCUGGGCUCCGAGGCGUCCCGGCCACGCCGAGACGUCCUCCUGAACGACUUCUACACGAUAGAGACGGUCACCUUUCCCAGUCAGGGCAGCCAGCACACACCGGCCCACCACUACACGGAUUUCCGGUUCAAAAUAUACGCCACUAUCGGCUUCAAGUACUUCCGAACUCUGUUCGGAAUCAGGCCCGACGACUUUCUGGUUUCAAUGUGCAACGAACCCCUGCGCGAGCUGGCCAACGCCGGUGCGUCGGGCAGCAUCUUCUACCUGACACUGGACGACGAGUUCAUUGUGAAGACGGUGCAGCAUAAGGAGGGCGAGCUGCUGCUCAAGCUGCUGCCCGCCUACUUCAUGAACCUCAACCAGAACCCGCGAACGUUGCUACCAAAGUUCUUCGGCCUGUACUGCUAUCAGUGCAACUCGAAGAACAUUCGCCUGGUGGUCAUGAACAACUUGCUGCCGUCAUCUAUCAAAAUGCACCAGCGCUAUGACUUGAAGGGCUCCACAUACAAACGAAAGGCCAACAAACAUGAGCGAGCCAAGAGCUCUCCGACGUUCAAGGACUUGGAUUUUAUGGAGCACCAUCCCGAGGGUCUGAUGCUGGAGGCAACCACGUACACUGCGCUGAUGCACACCAUGCAGAACGACGUCCGGGUGCUAGAGAGUUUCCAGAUAAUGGACUACAGUUUGCUGGUGGGCGUUCACAACCUGGAUAUCGCUGCCAAAGAGCGGACACAGGCCGAGUCCGCGGAGCCGGACGGUGACGCGGCCGACGGCCCGAGCCUGAGUCGGUCGCGGAGUAUCAACCGCCACCGUCUGGUGGCUCACAGCACGGCGAUGGAGAGCAUCCAGGCCGAGUCUGAGCCGAUCGACGACCAGCAGGACGUGCCACCGGGAGGCAUCCCCGCGCGAAACUCGCGCGGCGAGCGGCUGCUGCUCUUCCUGGGAAUCAUCGACAUCCUGCAGUCGUACCGGAUGAAGAAGCGGCUCGAGCACACGUUCAAGUCGAUGGUGCACGACGGCAACACCAUCUCCGUCCACCGACCCGACUUCUACGCCAAACGUUUCACCGACUUCAUGGGCAAGACGGUGUUCCAGAAGAUACCUUCGCUGGACGGCAUUCAGGGCAACCACCGCAAGUUCCGCACUCUCGUGUCCAGUUACAUGGCGCUGCGGCACUCGCCUUCCAAGCGGAAAGGUCAGUCGCUGCGGAUGCGAGCACUAGACAACGAGCGCAAAGAGUCGUCAGAAGUUCCGGCCGAGGGACGGGCCCGGCAGCCCGGCAGGCCAGCCGUCGGCAGACAGCCCUCGACGACCACCAGCGACGCAAAGCCAGUGUCCGGCGGUGGGGUGCCGCUGCAGCAGCAGCUGAGUGUGGCCAGCAGCGUCAGCCAGCCGGAGACCACCUCGUCUCGACACGUCACCCAGGUCACCAUCAGUGGCUCGACCGCAGACGGAGACAAGGGAGACUCCAUCAGGCUGGUCGGCUAUAAGCGCCAUCUGGCUCGGUUUCCUUCUGUUCUGCGAACCCCGGAGCUAAGUGCCCCCAAUAUGCGCCGGCGCGCAGAGGAGGCGGUCCGUGCGGGUACCAGCGUCUCCGACAUCCACCUGGACGCGCGGAACGACUCACGUUCGUCUCUGAGCGUGGACUCGGGUCCGGCGGCCGGCGGCGGCGGCGGCGCGGCCGGCGGCCCGCUGCGGCACGUCACCUGGACACCGCCCAUGUCUGUGGAAGGCAGCACUCCCACCUGGACAGAGGGCACGCCGAGCUUCACCGAGAGCUCCAGCAGCGGAGAUAUUGGCUGUCCGACCACGCCGGUGAAGAGCCUGCACGCCAGCCGUGACAGCGGCGUCAACACCAUGCCGUACACAAAGCUGAACAACGCUGAGAGCGGCCGGCCGGCCGGCGGCGGCUACACAGAAACGGAGAUGACACACCUCUGAGCUCGGUCUGGGGCGACUACGGGACCAACGAGCGAUCAACCCGCGGUGCCGCGGGACGUGUAUGGCCGGGCCUCGCCUCCGGCCGUCUCCGCUCUCCGGCCGGUGCUUCUCUGACGUCAGUGGUGACCGCCAGCUAUCGGAUGACGUCACUGAUGAGCUACAGCGGCGGACUCUCGCCCGUAGUGGAGCUGGAGGAAGUCACGCCGCCACGCUGGCCGCUGGCGGAGUCCUUCCUCGAGAGUGUACCACCUCCAUUGGGGACUGGCAGACGACGUUCCAGCUCAUCACCAUCGGCGAAGCCAGACCUAUCGACAAUCGCAUCGGCGGAGCCAGAAACGCCGACUAUGGCCGUGCCGGGAGCUUCAUCAUCUGCAUCAACAGAGCCGAAACUCGCGGCGAUCGCAGAGGCGAAGCCGGAACCUCCGCCGGACCCAGCGGCGGAUCGGAAACGGGACAGGCCCACGACAGAGCGAGCGGAGAGCGGCCGGAUGACACGGGCAGAGCGUGAGAGUAGCGACGUUGGUCACAGUGACGCACAGAGUGAAGGGAGUGAGGGGAACGUUUUGAACAAAGGAGCAAAGGCUCGAAGGAACAGUCGUGAGACAGAGUGCGAGAGAGGAUGUGUGGGUGCGAGUGAGAGCGUCCAUGACGAUAAAUGUAGUGGCGAAGUUGAUGGAACCGUUCGUAGUUCAACUGAUGGGAUGGGCGCUGGCGCUGAUGGUGCUGUUCCUGAUCAUAAGGACGAGUCCGUUGACGGUUGGAUCCUACCAUCACUUAGUGACAAUCAUCUGGAGAAUUCUCCUGUUUCUGAUCACAGUUCGUUCACAGUUAUUGACUCUGUCAUCCCUACUAGCUCACCCAGUGACGUUUCUGUCAUUGGUAGCGGCUCAUCCUCUAUUUUUCUCCACGUGUCCAAGGAUAUUCCUGUCGCUAAUGACAAUCCCACCUCUGGUGACACCCCGACCGAUGGUGACACUGAGACUCUAGACCCCAGAAAGGAUAGCGGAGGAGGAACGACAGGCUCUCCGUUUGUCCGUUUCUGGGCCCGCGUGUCGGGACGACUGUCGGGACGGUCAAGACGACGCGGAGGCUCAGGUCGCCGCCGGGCUGACCUCCAGGGCGCGGAGUCACAGUCGAGUGAGUGUUGACCUCACAGGGGUGUCAUCCUGACCUCAGCUGUCUUGAGGCAGUUUUUAAUGGCUGUAUAGGUCACAAAAUGGGACUGGUGUUACGGCCUGCCGGACAGGUGAUAAUUAGCUGGGUUGCACUGAUUUGAUUUCGCCGGUUGUUACAGAUAACGGAAAGUGAUAGACGCGUAUUGCACAUACUCGUAUGUUCAUCGUGUGUGUGUCUCUUCGUAUAUGGGCAGCGGCCAGCGACAGCAAUUUGUGUGUAAUGUGUAGGCCAGACCGCCCAGACCACUGUAUAGAUAUGAAUAUUGAAUGGGCAAGAAGUCGAACCGGGAACGUAAAUCCAUUACACGAGUGGUGGACCGCUCGACCUGCUACUUAAGUUGUUUGUUUCGAGUAGAUUCAUAGAUUGCAUCUAUACUAUUGGAACUGUAUAUUGGACAAGUGAUGCAUGCAUAGUUAUGUGACAGUGGUUGAACAUCGAGUGAUGUAGCUUUAUACCUGGUUAGUGCCGUUGAAUUAAGAGUUGUAGUUUGUACCACCGUCACUGAAUUCAAUACAUAUUGGAACUCUG